AUGAAUACAUUAGGGAUGACAGAUAAUGAUUCAGGUGAAAAUUAUUAUAAUGAAAAUGGUAGUAAUGAUGUGCAAACAUCUAUAUUAGAAAUUGUAUAUGGGACCAAAGUUCAUCUGCAAGGGUUGAAUGAGGAUGCGGUAGUUAGAGCAUUAGAAUUUAAAGUGGAACAGGAAAGAACCAAGCAACAGUUUUAUCGGUUGGAAAAUAUUGCAAAAUCGAUUGAAUUGUUUAAACUUGCAAGUGAAAUGGGUGUUCCUGCGAACCACAUUGCAUCGAUUUUCGCAAAUGAUAACAAUCCCUCUCCACCGUUAGCAGAACAGUUACAACAACAGUUACGACAAGGGCAACAAGAGGAACAACGAGAACAAUCACCCCGUUCACAAAGUCGACCUCCAGUUAGUUAUAAAUUCCCGCCAGCUGGGAGUAAUUUACCACCAAAACCCAUGAGUUUCCCUUCAUUGAAUGUUAAUAGAGCUCAUUCACCUGCGAAAAUUGGAGCCAAUGCAGUUGCUGUAUUAAAUGAAAAUGUUGCAUUGAAGGAAGAAAUCGAUAAUCGCGUUACCCCAUGUAGAAGAAAUGAUGAAUUCGAUAAUGAUUAUGACAGUAGUAAUGAUAAUAGUCAUCAUAGUCACUCAAGUCGUAGUAGUAAUAAUGAGCCUGAAAACAAUACAAAUAUAAAUACCAGCACCGGUGGUAACAAGGUUUUCCAAAGGAAUUUUUCAGUGCCAGGUUCCAAAUACUCUUCACCACAGAUACCGAUUGGUGCAACACCAAUAAUCAACCUUAAUAGGGCUGAAAAAUCCAAUCAAAGGCUAAAGCAACAAGAGUCAUUACAACGAUCACAACAACAACAACAACAACAGCUACCGCCGCUGCAGCUACAGCAGCAGCAGGGGAAUAGUGGAUCUUGGAAAAAAUUAGGAAUGGUGGGUAAGAAGCAUAGACGUACGAAGUCGGGAUCGUCGUUUGGUGUUAUCGAUUUAAACAUAUUAGAGUCAUCGAAGCAACCUCAGGAAACACCUAAACCCAAUCAGCAGCAGCAGCAGCAACAGCAACAACAAGGGCCACAAUCGCAACAGAAUACAUCACAGCAACCACCCCAGGCGCCAGGGAUAUCUAGGUCACCAAAUCUAAAUUCUCAUGAUGAAAAGACUUGUAGUGAAAACAGUAGUAGAAAUCCGAGUCCUGUACGCAAUACAAGAGAAGUGAAUUCUGUGGCUAAAUUAUUAAAUAGUAGUUGA